AUGGUGUAUGGAGGAGUACCAUUUGCCGCAUAUACUCACUUGCCAUGUGCUUCCGCCGCCACAAAUCCGGCAUCGGGCUUUGGAUAUUCACCAAUCCAUCCAAUGGCACCAAUGGGGAUGUUUCCUGGCAACUACCCAAAUGGAAUGAUAACGCGGAAAAAUCGACGAGAGCGAACCACUUUCAAUAGGCAUCAGCUUGAAAUCCUAGAAAAUUUAUUUGCUACAACACACUAUCCGGAUGUUUUUACCAGGGAGAAAAUUGCCGAACAAAUACAUCUGCAGGAGAGUCGAAUACAGCUCCUCAACGAAUAA